CAUAUUUAUUGACGAUCGAUCCUUUUGAGAGUCAUCGGAAAGUUGGAAGUUAUCUCAGCUGACUUGGGGAAUUUUCGUAUGGAAAGGCGUUGAAUAGAUGUUUGUCCAAGUGCUUUGCCGUAAAACAUCUGCUUCCGCUUCCGUGUAUGUUUUAUGUAACCACACGUGCUUCAUUAAAUAAUAUAAUAAUAAUCCUAAAUUUGCAUUGAACGAACUCAAGCGUCGACACAGUAGUAGUACUACGAAAUAAAGUAAUACGUCUGCGAGCCUAUAUAAUCUUGUUUUGGUGCACGUUGAAGCGUCUUAGGACGCUUAGCCUGCUGUGUGCUAACACAGAGUCGCGUUUGAUAGCAACGUUGUACUGUACUCAGCGGAGAUCAAGCGAGAGUGAAGCGUUUUGACCUGGUGAAAUGUGCGCAAAAAGGGUGAAAGCAGAGCAAGACGGGGAACUGAACGCUUUUUUCAAGAAGCCCCAAGACGUGACACGCAAUCCAGACAUCAGUAAAAAAUAUCUUCGUCCUGAGCAGCAGGAGUGGAGCUUCAGGGUGGAGCAGCAGAAGCCACAGCCACCUCACUUGACAGUAGAAAAGGUGCCAAAGACUGUCGCCAUUAAACAGGAGGAGGAUGAGGAGGAGACUGAUAUCACCAAGCAUCCCUUGACUGUUGUCACUGGAAAGAGUGAAGAUAAAGGCGAAGCAGAUCUUCAUCUUGAGCAGCAGGACUGGACUUUCAGGGUGGGGCGACAGCAGCCGGAGCCCCAACAAAUGAAAGAUGAAGAGGAACCUAAGCUUCACCUCAUUAAAGAAGAAGAACAGGAAGAAGAUAUCGCCAAGUUGUCAUUGACUGUUGUACCUGUGGAGAUUAAAGAUGAUGAAGAUGAAGGUCAGAGUGAGGAGAACAAAGGGAGGGAGCCGCCAAGCAGCAGUUCAAGUCAACCGAUGACAACAGAAGGUGAUGGAAUCCACUGUGCAGGAUCAAAAGCAGGUGUCUUCUUAGCGCCACUAUCAGAUUGUGACGACAUGAUGUCACACUCUUCUGAUACUGAUGAUGAACACUCCAAAGGUGAUAUGACAUGUCACACUGACAACAAACGCGUGAAAUGUUCUCAGUGUGACAAAACCUUUUUCAACAAGUCAUCGUUGAAAAGACACACAAGAACACACACCGGAGAGAAACCUUACAGGUGCUCAGACUGUGGUAAAAGAUUCAGUCAGAAGGCAGAUUUAAAUAUACACACUGGGGGGAAACGCUUUGCCUGUUCAUUCUGCCCCUUAAGUUUCAGUAAGCGUUGCAAUUUAAUAACACACACAAGAACACACACCGGAGAGAAACCUUUUGCCUGUUCAGACUGCAACUUAAGUUUCAGUGUACGUUCAGCAUUGGCUCAACACAUGAAAACACACACUGGGGAGAAACCCUUUUCUUGCUCACUUUGUGGCAAAAAAUUCACUCAAAGUAGCAAUUUGACAACACACAUUAGAAGUCACACUGGUGAGAAACCAUUUCAUUGCAGUGUGUGUGAUAAACAAUUCACUUACAAAUAUCAAAUGAACAAACACACGUGUGCUGGUGAGAAGAGCAGCAGCAAUGAAACUGUGAAGAAACUUUUAUCCUGUGAAAUGUGUGCAAAAAAUGUGAAAGAAAAUUACGAGGAGCUUUCUCGAGCCGAAGAAGAGAACGAGCGACAACCACAACUACUGGACGCUGAAUUCAAGAAGCCGCAAGUCCUGCUUCAUUAUGCAGAUGCCAGUGAAGAAGGUCUUGAUGCUGAGCAGCAGAAGUGGGGCUCCAGGAUGGAGCGGGAGGAGCUUGAGCCUCCUCACACAAAAGAGGAAGAGGAGCUAGAGCUACCCGACAUUAAGGAAGAAGAGGAGCCAUUGCCCCUCACCAUUAAAGAGGAAGAGGAGGAGGAAGAUAUCAACAACUUUCCAUUGACAGUCAUUGUGAAGAGUGAAGAUGAUGACGAUAAAGAAAGCGAUAGAGACCACUGUGGAGGAUCACAAGCAGACAGGCUUUUAGCGGCACUGCCGGACAGUGACGAUGAGCAUUCUGAAGGUGAUGAUGCACAAUGGAAGUGCUCGCAGUGUGGGAAAACAUUUGGUUCAAAGUGGGGUUUGAAAGUACACAUGAGAAUACACACUGGAGAGAAACCCUUUUCCUGCUCACUCUGUGGUAAAAUAUUCACUCAGAAGGCACAUUUAAUAGCACACACAAGAACACACACUGGGGAAAAAGCCUUUGUCUGCUCAGUUUGCUCUUUAAGUUUCAGUGAACGUUCAAAUUUGGGCAAGCACAUGAGAACACACACUGGAGAGAAACCUUUUGCCUGUUUAUUUUGUGGUAAAAGAUUUUCUAUAAAGGGACAUUUAAGAACACACACAAGAACACACACUGGAGAGAAACCAUUUGACUGUUCAGUUUGUGGUAAACAAUUUGCCCGUAAGGCACAUCUAAACAUACACGCAAGAAGACACACCGGUGAGAAACCAUUUGCCUGCUCAGUUUGCGAGAAACGAUUCGCUCGUAAGGCUCAUUUAAACAUACACACAAGAACACACACUGGAGAAAAACCUUUUUCUUGCUCAGUCUGCACCUUAAGUUUCAGUGAACGUUCAAAUUUGGUUAAACACAUGAGAACACAUACUGGUGAGAAACCAUACAGUUGCAGUGUGUGUGAUAAAAGCUUUUCUCAAAAGUAUUUGGUUACGAAACAUAAGUGUGCUGGUGAAAAGAUCAGUGGUAAAUGCACUGUGAAAAUGUGUAAAGUAGAAAUGCUGAGAGCCCUGCUGAACCAGCGACUAAAUGCGGCUGUUGAGGAAGUAAUUACAGUGUUUCAAGGAACAAUAGCAGAGUAUGAGGAGGAACUUUCACGAACAAAACAGGAGAACGAGCGACAACGUCAAAUAUUGGACUCUGUUUUCAAGAAGCCCCAAGAUGAAUUACACAGAGCAGACAUCAGUGAAGAUCUUCGCCUCAAGCACCAGGAGCCACAGUUCUCCCACAUUAAAGAUGAAGGGGAGCCAACGCACCACCACCGGUAUGUUAAAGAGGAAGAGGAGGAUAAUGUCACCAAUAUGCCAUUUGCUAUCGUCCCUGUGAAUACUGAAGAGGAUGAAGACAAAGGCCCAAGUGAGCAAAAUGGAGGAGCUGUGCAAGAGCCUCCAUGCAGCAGCUCAAGUCAACACAUGCCAACAGAAGGUGAUGGAAACCAGUGUGGUGGAUCACAGACAGACAGCCUCAUAGCGCCACUAUCAGACAGUGACGACACAACCUCUUUUACUUCUGACACUGACAAUGAACGCUCGAAAGGUGAUAUGACAUAUCACACUGACAGCAAACGGUUGAAGUGCUCUCAUUGUGGGAAAACCUUUGCUGCCGGGCAUAAUCUGAACCGGCACUUGAGAACACACACAGGAGAGAAACCUUUUUCCUGCUCAGUCUGCAACUUAAGUUUCACUCAUAGAUCAGGAUUGGUUGAACACACAAGAACACACAGUGGGGAGAGACCUUUUGUCUGCUCAGUUUGUGGUAAGAGAUUCACACAAAGGGGAAGUUUAAUUAAGCACACAAGAACACACACAGGAGAUAAACCUUUUACAUGUUCCGUCUGCAACUUAAGUUUCGGGAAUCGUUCAAGUUUAGGAACACACACAAGAACACACACUGGAGAGAAGCCUUUUGUCUGCUCAGUUUGUGGUAAGAGAUUUUCUGUCAAGGGAAAUUUAAGAUCACAUACAAGAACGCACACUGGAGAGAAACCUUUCACCUGCUCAGUCUGUAACAUAAGCUUUAGGUAUCGUACAGGAUUGAUUCAACACACAAGAACACAUACUGGUGAGAGACCAUUUUGCUGCUUAGUGUGUGGCCAAAGAUUUUCUCAAAAGCAGAAUUUAAUUUCACACACAAGAAUACAUACUGGUGAGAGACCGUUCAGUUGCAGUGUAUGUGACAAAAAAUUCUAUGUCAAGUAUCAUGUUAAAAGACACAAGUGUGCUGGGGCAAAGAGCAGCAAUCAAGUGUACUUCUCACAAAAGCCUUGUUUGCUAGCUGCGAACAAAGAGACGCGUUUGUUCGCAGCGCAUCGCUACGCAGAGAUCAAGAGUCAGUGCCAAGUGUUUUAUUAUUGUGUCAAAAUGUGUGCAAAAAGAGUGAACGAUGACUACGACGAAGCACUUUGUCGAACAAAAGAAGAGGACGAGCAGCAACGUCAACUAUCGGACGUUGUUUUCAAGAAGCCUCAUGCUGUGUUCCACGGAACAGUCAUCUGUGAAGAUCUUCCUGCUGAGCAGCAGGUGCAAGACCCCUCUUACUUUCACGAGGAAGAGGAGCGAGUGCCCCGCUGCAUUAAAGAGGAAGAGGAGAACCCAGAGCCCCCAUGCAUUUACGAAAAUGAGAAUGAGAUGCCCCCCGACAUUAAAGGAGAAGAGGAGGAGGAAGAUGUCACCAUGUUGCCCUUCAAUUGUGUCAUUGUGAAGGUUGAAGGUGAUGAUGAAGAUGAAGGUGAUGGAGACCACCGUAAAGGAUCACAAGCAGACAUCUUAGCUCCCCAAUCAGAUAGUGACAACACAACGUCACAUUCACCUGACUCUGAUGAUGAACGCGCAAAAGGGGAUGUUACAUGUCACACUGACGGCAAACGUUGGGAAUGCUCUCAGUGUGGGAAAAGUUUUGAUGCCAAGUAUACUUUGAAAGUACACAUGAGAACACACACUGGAGAGAAACCCUAUUCGUGCUCAGUCUGCAACUUAAGCUUCAGUGUCCGUUCUUCCUUGGUUAAUCACAUGAGAACACACACUGGGGAGAAACGAUACACCUGCUCAGUCUGUGGUAAAAGAUUCACUCAGAAGGGCCAACUGACAACACACACAAGGAUUCAUACCGGCGAGAAACCUUACCUCUGCUCAGUCUGCAACGUGACUUUCAGUCUUCGUUCAUCCUUGGUCAAACACAUGAGAAUACACACAGGAGAGAAACCUUAUGCUUGCUCAGUAUGCAACAUAAGUUUCAGUAUUCGAUCAGGAUUAGUUCGCCACUCAAGAAAACACACGGGGGAGAAACCUUUUGCCUGUUCACUGUGUGGGAAAAGAUUCACUAUAAAGGGAAGCUUAAUAACACACACAAGAACCCAUACCGGAGAGAAGCCUUUUGUUUGCUCGAUCUGCAAUUUAAGUUUCAUUGAUCAUUCAGGGUUGCUUCAACACAAAAGAACACAUACUGGUGAGAAACCUUUUGCCUGCUCAAUUUGUGGCAAAACAUUCUCUUUAAAGGGGAAUUUAACAACGCACACAAGAACACACACCGGAGAGAAACCUUUUGCAUGUUCAGUCUGCGACUUAAGUUUCACUGACCGCUCGGGGUUGCUUAAACACAUGAGAACACACACUGGGGAAAAAGAGUUUUCCUGCUCGGUGUGUGGUCAAAGAUUCUCUCAAAGAGGCACCAUGACAAGACACUCUAAAAGACAUACGGGUGAGAAACCAUUCAGUUGCAGUGUGUGCGAUAAAAGAUUUUAUGAUAAGUAUGAGAUUAAGAAACACAAGUGCACUUUGGCAAAUAAAACAGAAAUCAAUGAUGCUGCAGGACUUUAAAUGAACUGCAAGGAAACCUUCUGACAAGUUCAGGAAGUUUUAAGGGUUGCAGUAAACUGAGAAAUCACUAUCAAUACAAUACAAUCAAAUUUAAUGUGUCACAUCAGGUCAUUACAAAGCCUCAAAUCAAUUACAAUUUUACUCAAGUCAGAACAAUAAUUGUCAUUGCACCUUGCGGUCCAAUAACCUUAUUGCACAUUAAGCAAAUACAUGAUGCAGAUCUUUUUGUUGUUACUUUUACAACUACAUUUAAAUUGUACUUGCUUGAUAUUGCAUUCUAAAAAUUACAAAUUAUUUUUUUAACACUUGCCUAUGGCCAAUUAAUGUGCGUCAUAACUGUAUGUUUGCUUGCUUUAAUACUACUCUGUAUGUUUAUGAUUGCUUCUAGUGGACACCAAAAUUACCUCCUGGAUCAAUAAAGUAUUAUUCCCGACAAGCA